GUUGCCGGCCUGGUCGGUGCGGAGGCGCCCUGAGGGCCCGGCCCCAGCUCCCGGCCCGGCGCACAGAGGGAGCUGUUCCGGGCGCUCGUCAGCCCCAGAUAUGCCUUUACAUCUGACUCAGCGAUCCAUUUUCUAGAAAUUGACUCUGAAGAUAAACCUCCGACAAUAUGAAAUAAAAUUAUUCAUCGUACCAAUGUUUGUAAUUUGAAAAUAUUUUAAACAACGGAAAUGCCCAUAUGUAAGAAAGUGGUUGAAUAAACUUGGUAUAUAUCCACAUACAAUGGGGUAUUAUGCAGCUGUGAAAGAGAAAAAAGAAAAUCUUUACCAACUGAUGUGGAGUUAUUUCCAGGAUAAAUGAAUUGGAUCUUCCUUGAGAAAUCACAUUCUCAGGACCAGGAAAUAAAUGCUGCUUUUCCUCCAUUUACAUUCUAGUGUUGGAAAUGCUGAGUAAAGAAUUAGUAUAUAUGAUGCUGGAAACUUUUAGAGAUGAACAGUUCAUAACUCAAAGGCCUAAAACAGGUGUAUCGUUCAAGUUCUUAUCAGGAAAACGACAAUGAAGAAGAAGAUGGGUCAAGACGACCAGUGGAAAACUCCCUAGAAGAGAGCCAUAGAAAUGUGCACUUCAGAAAAGAGAGCUAAUCAGAGAACUCGGAGAAGGAAAAUAUAUCAUGUAUGCCCUCAGAAGGGUCAAAAGAUUUUCAUUCAUGUGCAUGAGAUUACUCAAAUAGAUGAUCAACUAUACCAGUGCCUUGAACGUGAGAAAAACCUCUGUGAGAACUUAGCUCUUAUUAUGUGUGAGAGAACCUACACUGGAGAGAAACCUUAUCAAUGUGAUAUGUGUGAGAAAACCUUCAUCCAGCGCUCAGAUCUCACUUCACACCAGAGGAUCCACAAUUAUGAGAAACCUUAUAAAUGUAGCAAAUGCGAGAAGAGCUUCUGGCACCACUUAGCCCUUUCAGGACACCAGAGAACACACGCAGGUAAAAAAUUCUAUACGUGUGACAUUUGUGGCAAGAAUUUUGGACAGAGCUCUGAUCUGCUUGUCCACCAGCGAAGCCACACAGGUGAGAAACCAUAUCUGUGCAGUGAGUGUGAUAAAUGCUUCAGUCGAAGUACAAACCUCAUUCGGCACCGAAGAACUCACACUGGCGAGAAACCAUUUAAGUGUCUGGAGUGUGAAAAAGCUUUUAGUGGGAAAUCGGAUCUCAUUAGCCACCAGAGAACUCACACUGGUGAAAGGCCCUACAAAUGUAAUAAGUGUGAGAAAAGUUAUCGACACCGUUCAGCCUUCAUUGUUCAUAAAAGAGUUCAUACUGGAGAGAAACCCUAUAAGUGUGGUGCCUGUGAGAAAUGCUUUGGCCAGAAAUCAGACCUUAUUGUUCACCAGAGAGUCCAUACAGGGGAGAAGCCCUAUAAAUGCUUGGAAUGUAUGAGAAGUUUUACUCGGAGUGCCAACCUAAUCAGGCACCAGGCAACUCACACGCACACUUUUAAAUGCCUUGAAUAUGAGAAAAGUUUCAGCUGUGGCUCAGACCUUAUUGUGCAUCAAAGAAUUCACAUGGAAGAGAAACCACGUCAGUGGUCUGCAUGUGAGAGUGGCUUCCUCCUAGGCAUGGGCUUUGUUGCACAACCGAAAAUGAGAACUCAAACAGAGGAGCUGCAUUAUCAAUACAGUGUGUGUGAUAAAGGCUUCCGCCAGAGCUCAGCCCUCCUUCAACAUCAGACAGUCCACAUUGGUGAAAAACCAUAUAUCUGCAAUGUGGGUGAGAAAGGGCAUGAGUUCACUCCUCCGCGUGCAUCAGAAGCAUCACAACCGUCUUGGCCAGACAAGAAAUUAUAACACCAUAAAAAAAUAUAUGAGUCAGAGAGCUCAUUAAGAUGAAAAAACUCUAGGCAAAUCUUAGAUUUUUCUAAGAGCUCAGACUUGAGUGGGGACCAGAGAAUCUGCAAUUGUAGGAUGUUGUGAAAUGGUUUGUCCAGAGAGCUGUCUUAACAGAAUACCUAUCAUUCACUCCGAGAAACCUUCAGAGGCCUUGAGGUUUGGAAAACCUUUAGUUUGAGCUCACAUCUGAUCACCCACAAGGGGACUUGUACCGGUGGGAAACCUUGCAGGUGCAGAGAGCUUCCGAGCAGUGCUCACUCCUCUCCUUCCUAGGGAAUUUGCACCAGAAGACAAUGCCCUUGGUGUGAACAGCGCUUCAGACAGUACGCACAAGCUCGCUGGACAUCAGAAAGCCCACACUCGGGAGAAACCCCAGCAAGUGAAAAAAAAAAAGCUUCCAACAGAACUAUAACUUUCUUAACCAUUAAAGAAGCCAUACUGGUGAAAAGUUAGGUAUUUGUCUUGAGUGUGGCAAAAGAAUUAGAUGGAUUCUUCUUGGUUUGCAACAACUACAAAACAAUCUGCAAAGAGACCUUAUGAAGUCUGAGUGAGAAAAGCUGUCAAUGAUCAGGUCUUUGGGAACACCAGGGAACUCACACGAGUGGAAAAGCCCAUAAAUACCUUGAGUCUGAUAAAAGCCUUCCUAGAAACCUCUACCUUUGGGCCCCAAAGAACCUACUCUGCAGAGAAUUUUGCUCUAGUGAGACAUCUAAUUGUGGACUGUGUACAUAUACUAGGUAUGAGAAUAACCGUGCUCAUAGUUAGCUGACCCGUAGGGUGGAGGUGACUUUAAUGAGUAUGUAAACAUUUGUUAGACACCCAGAAGCUUGUGGGAGGAGCUCGGGCAGGUCAGAGCAGACUGAUGGGAAACUCAGGUAAAGAUGCUUUUCUUUUAUCGGAACCACUUAAUUGAUGAUUGCUUUACUUUUUUUUUUUAAUUUGGAAAUCCAAUAAAGGAAAGGACUGUGCCCUUGUGAUAAGACGGUGUGGCAUGUGUUACUCCUGGGGAAAGGAGAAUACUGACUUUGCCUCUUGAUUUUUAAUUUGUUAUUUUAAAUUCUUGGCCAGAUUGGGGACUGGUGUUUUGAUGGUAGCUUGGAAAACUUGCUGUUAGUCAAAAGAACUAAGCAGUAGGGAGGAAUUAUCCUGGUUCUGAACUCCCAAGUUUCCCCUUUGGAAGGCCAACCUAUAAAGAUGCAAAAUACCCAGCGUUUUACUUGGUGUGGGUUGAGGCAUACCCUCGAAGUUUCCUUUCCCUAAAAUGUUUGAGUAUCACUGGUAUUUGAAAUUUCUGCUCUAGAGAUUCAUCUCUUCAACUCAGAAAUGCAGAUUCCAAGAUAACAGUUAUGAUGUUGCUGGUGUCCACAUUUUUGUGACUUCAUGCCAAUGAUAAUAUAUCCUCAUCAGCUCUGUGCAGAAUGUCUGAGUGAAGACUGGAAGAAAGGUUAGGCCUUCGCAGUAGAGUAACACACUGUGCUGUUAAUGGAGGAGCCUUGCUUCUUGGUUUUGACUAUCCUGACUCCAAAGCUGGAGUUUUUACUUCAUUAUCCUGCUGUUUAUAGCAAAUUCAGUCCCAUAAUGAUAUGCCUUUCAUUUAUUACAGUACUGCUAAGAAAAGAGAGAAUACUUUUUAUUCCCAGGGAAAGGAUUAUAAUCACCACAAUAUAAGGUAUUUAUUUGAUUUGAAAUCUAGGAUUCUAAAUGCUUGAAGGGAAAAGUAGUUGCCAAAUUCAUCAGAAGUUUGAGGAUGAGUACUUAUCUCCAGUUUAACAGAAUAAUUAUUAUAGUUAACAUUCUCCAGAAGUACUGUAAUUAAUCCAGGAAUCGGUAAAUGGACACUUCUGAGGAUUUUUCCCCCUCAGAUUAAUAAAAAUAUUUAAGAUUCACGCAGUGUUUGGGACUAGACUGGUGAAUAAGUAUCGUGUUGCUUGUCUGGUUGAUCGGAGCGAAUCCUUGGUUGAACUCAGGAUUGUUGGCCUCGGACUCAUGGAGGUGGCCAGCGGCUGCUUUGUGUGUGGCUCUAAGCUGUGAUCCUAGUGACUGGCUGAUGAUAGUCUUAUGGUCAGUGGGUAUAGUUCAUUGUGAUAGUAAGGAAUCUGAUUCUAGGGUGUUUUUUCUUUUAGCAAACAGAUCCUGGAAGGUGGUUCAAUCUGAUGUUUGUUUUCAUAAAUAGUUCUUAUACCAUGAAAAAUUGCCCAGUAUGGUACAUACAAGAUAUAUUUGUUUUUCUUUGGGGGGGAAAUGAUGCCUAUGGCUAGUAUAUGUUUGGUAAUUGUAACACUAAAAUAGUAUGGGUGUAUGGCAUUUGGUGGUGUUGAAAUUAGUCCUGUGGCUACUUGUUAGUCAUUAGAGAGAACUUGCAGAAGGGGACAGAGUUGGUAUCAUUGGCAGGGUAAUGACUUGACCCUUCUUUCAGUUAAUCUCACUGGUAACUGUCUCUAGUCUUCAAUUAAAGAUGGACCAUCCCUCGCAGAACUUUGUGGGAAUGAAAAGGUCCUAGGUCUUUUAACCAUGGGGAAAAGGUGAUGGUAUUAUUCUGAUAGCGUAACCUGAGGUUGGAGAGGACCACUUGGGAGCCUGUAACCAAAACUAGAAGGUAACUUCUGGGAUGGAUGGAGGUUCUCUUGAAACAAUGCCAACCUAGAUCUACCUCAGGUAAGUAGUUAGAGUAACUUUCAACAUUUCAGACCAAACGAGACACUUGUAUUCCAUGUAUUCCCAUGCUUUAAUGUUUUUAUUUUCCCUUGGUUCUUAAAUAAACAUGUUCUGAAAAACUCCA